AUGUCAGCCAUACCAUUUCCACGUCUUCAACCGGCACCUGAGAAAGGUCCGAAACAAAUUCUCCCAGAUUUAAACAUUAGGCUGAUUUGUCCUGAUUGUAAAAACCCUGUACCAAACAUUGUUGAAGAAUUUGCAAAUGGGGAUCUAGUUUGUGGUGACUGUGGUCUGAUAUUAGGCGAUCGUAUUAUUGAUACUAGAUCUGAAUGGAGAACCUUUGCCAAUGAUGAAGGAGAUGAUCCAUCUCGUGUUGGUGCAGCAGCAAAUCCCCUUUUGGAAGGUUCACAAUUAGAUACAGUGAUAUCAAGAAGAGAUGGUGGUAGUGGAACUGCAAGAGACCUAAACAGAGUUCAUGGUCGUGCAAAUGCUGUAAAAGGUGAAAAGAACCUUAUUCAAGCUUACAAAGAAAUUGCAGCAAUGAGUGAUGCAAUGGAUCUACCAAAAGUUAUAGCUGAUGUUGCUAAACAAUUGUACAGACGUGCCGAAGAAGAGAAACUGUUGAGAGGAAAAAGCACAGAAUCUAUAAUUGCGGCAUGUAUAUUCAUUGCUUGUCGUAAACAAAAUGUACCACGUACUUUUAAAGAGAUCCAUGCAAAAACUCGUGUUCCAAAAAAAGACAUUGGACGUUGUUUUAAAAUCUUGACAGGUACGUUCGAAACUAAUGUACCAACAAUGGUAUCUGAAGAUUUGAUGUCACGGUUCUGUUCAAUGUUGCGUCUUAAAAUGAAAACCGAAAAGGCUGCUCUUGAACUUACAACUAGAACAAAGGAGCUUGGUACUUUGGCAGGUAAAUCUCCUGUCUCGGUAGCUGCAGCUUGCAUCUAUAUGGCUUCAUGUUUGUAUCAACAACCAAAAUCACCAAAAGAUGUUGCUGAAGUAACUGGUGUCUCUGAAGCAACUAUUAAAAAUUCUUAUAAAUUGUUAUGGGGAGAUAGAGAAAAAUUACUUGAUGAAAAAAAUUGUUUUGAAAAUUUACCAUCACCAUAA